UUUUGAGGAAAGGGGAUAUGAAAAAAAAAAGGAAAGAAGAAAAAAGAGUUAAACAGAAACGAAGAAGUUCGUAAGUCGUAACCCUAACUCUUCAAAUUCCAAUCCAUAGAAUUUGCCGAGAUUAAAAGGGAAUUACAAGGGAAAUUCCCCAAAAAAAUUUGAAGUAUUACAAAUUAACGACUACAGAUUUAUUUUCCAUCUGUGAAGUUCGAUUUCCAGCAUCAAUUCAACUUUCGAGAAAGAAUUUUGAAGGACUUUUACGACGAUUCCAAAGAAAUUGAAGUGAAUUGAAGUACAGAACUCCAGUAAUCCGUAUUAUUCAAAGCAAAAUGAUGUUGAACAGAGUGUUGUAUCGUAGACAUAUAGCUUUUGCGCCUGCAAUGCUUCAGCUGGUUCGUAAUGCUUGUACCGAGUUGUUUGUUGGAGGGCUUUCCUAUGAGACGAAUGAAACUGUAUUGCGAGAUGCUUUCACGCGGCAUGGUGAAAUUAUUGAAGUUAGAGUUAUUUGUCACCAUGUCACUGGAAAAUCAAAAGGAUACGGAUUUGUGAAGUUUGCUUCUGAAGAUGGUGUCUCAUCAGCUCUAAAAGAAAUGGAUGGUCAGGUAUUGGACGGGAGAAGUAUCCGCGUUUAUCAUGCUCACAAACAAUAAUAUUAUGUUUCCUCCAUGCAUGAUUUCUUCCAUGGAAAAGAUAAAAACGCACCCGUAGAAUAGUUACCAGGACAUGGGGAACAAUCACCAGGGCACGAGGAACUCCGAAAGCGGACAUGCAAGUACCAUUUGAUAAUAACCCUUGGAAGCAUAAUCUUUUACCAAAUCAACCUUGUCGGAAGUCGGAAGAGAUGACAUAACAAAGAUAUUGCCAUUGUUCAUUGACCUCAUUGGCUUAGAAUGGCUCAGGUCCAUGUAAUCAUCUCUCCUUGUUCGGGAAAUGAAUGAAAGUAGUGGGAGUUUGGCUAUCCAAUUCCUGUUGUAAUAUUACUGUUUAAUGGUAUUUUAUUCUGUUAUAAUCCUA